CACACACACACACACACACACACACACACGGCAGCAUCCUCUGCUGAUGUCAGACUCCAGUCAUGUCGACCCUCCUCAGCACCAUCAUCUUCAUGGCUGUUCCUUCACAGACCUAACUGAUGAUGGAUCUGUUCGGCCGAGGAGAGCUGGGGCUGCUCGGGGGAGGAGAGGGGCUCAGGGAUGAUGUGGGGGUGUCUGGGAUCAGCUGGACGGCCAAUCGGCUGCCGGACGACAUGUACCCGGCGUCCGGAUUGGCUCUGGCCGCCGCCUAUCAUGACAUCAAGACCCGGCUAGCCAGUCUGGAGAGAGAGAAUAGCAGCAUUAAGAGGAAGCUCAAACACUACGAGGUCAAGUUUCCUAUGAUCAGUGAGUUCGGAGAGGAGAGGAUCUUGUGUUGUUCCUGUGAACCCAUCAUCAAGGACACCAGUGUGAUCCAGUCAGAGACCACCAACCUGCAGCAGAGGAUCAACUCCCUCACUCAGGAGCUCCAGAAGAGUAAGGAGAGAGAGGAGAGGCUGGAGGAAGUCAUCCAGGCGUACGAGAAGAUUCACUUGGAGAAAAGCAACGUCCAGAGAGACCUGGACAAGAUGACCACUCUGGCGGAGCAGCAUGUGGAGAGGAUCCGGGGCCUGGAGUCGGCUCUCCGGCAGAGAGAAAGUUCCCUCCAGAAGAUCAGUGCUCAGCUACGCAGCAAAGACUCACUUCAGUCACAGCUCCACGCCAGCCUGGAUGUUCCCAGAGAGGGCCGUGGGCCGACGCUGCAGAGCUCCCGGAGUCUGGACGCCCUGUCGGACCUGAAGCUGCAGCGUCUGGAGGCCGAGCUGGAGGGGGCCCGACACCAGGCCGAGGGGGCCUGUCAGAGGGAGAAGGAGCUGAGGGCCGAGCUCCAGAGGCUGCAGCAGGAGGUGGAACAGCUGCAGGACGCACAGAGACAGUCCCAGGACUUGUCUCCACACUGUGAGCACUGCGACGUGGAAUGGAUAAAGAAAGCCGGCGAUGAGCAGGUGAACCUGGCGUUGGCCUACACUGAGCUGACCGAGGAGCUGGGUCGUGUUCGAGGUCUGGCUGCUAAACAGGGUGACCUUCUACGUCACGUUUCACAGGAACCUGUCUCUCGUCCUCCCAUGGUUCCUCAGCGUCUCUCCCCCACCUCCCCCCAGCGCUCCUCACUCUCCCCCGACAGGCUCCUCCCCACCCCCUCACCCCCUCUGUCUCCUAGCGAUGGACCCGUCUCCUACUCCCAUCAGCCAACCAGCAGUCGUCUUCGGGCUAAGUUCCAGGGUCGCCGUAGUUACUCGGAGGUCACCGACCCCUCAGCCGUCCAGAGGCCCCCGGCUCGCCUGCUGAGGGACCCGGUUUCCACCCUCCCCAAGCCCAGGCCUCUCCUCGGGGAGACUUACAGCCAGAACAAGCCUCAGCUGAGGGCCUCCCUGGUGGGCCUGGUCAGACCGGCGUCGGCCCACGGAGCUGGAGGGGAGAGAGGGGGAGGAGGGGGAGGAGAGAGGGGAGGCGGCAGCAGCCUGAGCAGCAGCCCUCAUCACCACGCUCUGGACCUCAGCUUCCCUCUGGCUGCCGAGGUUCACCACUUUUGUCGCCUUGAUGACCCCCCGGAGCCCACCCCACUGGUGACACCCCCACAGUCGUCUGACGACGAAGAGGACGUGUGCACGUAUCUGUCACCAGCUGCCAGCCCACCUCGGACGCUCGGCGCUAUCGGGAUUGGCUCGUCGUCACCUAGGGAACAGCCCCUGCACCCCUCGUUCCCGUCUCCUAGGAAACAGCCCCAUCAUCCCUCCUUCUCGGCCCCUGAGGGCCCGGCCACCCUCUCCUGCCAUCUGCCUCCCUACAUGAACACGGAGCAUGCUCAGUCGUGGCCGUCUAUUAAUCUAUGGAUGGAGUCUGAGGAGAACGCUGUUCGUAGCUGUCCUCUGUGUCAGCUGACCUUCCCUACCGGUUACCCCGACGACGCCCUCAUCAAACACAUCGACUCCCACCUGGAGAACAGCAAGAUCUGACUCUUCUUUUUUACCGGGGAUUUCUACACUCAUUUCCACCUCUUGUUGAUUUCUAUUUUAGUCUAAUCCAGGAAUGAUCUUUGGAGCUGCAUGCGUCUUUCAGCGCCGUCAGUAGAACCAACCAUCCACCCAUCGGCUUCUGGAUCAGGGGUUGCAUGCUGUGGGUUCAUUCCAGCCAAACUGAGGAUUAAAUGGGCCACUUUCCACAAACAAAACCAGUCUGUGUUUCACUCUACAGCUUAUAAAUGCCUUUGUUUUUGCUCACCACGGACAUAAAAACCUCACAAAGCACACAUCAAGAGUUCUGUAUCAGGUGUUUCAAGGUUUUCCUUUUUUUCUCAGCCAAACGUGUUCAUUUGUACAUAGAACUAGCAGAGAACAAUAGAGCUGCAUCAGUGGGAAACACAUACAGACAGGAGCAGCUGACGCUCAAAGUCACAUAUGCUGGUCUGAGAUCAGCCCUGGAGAAAGGAAGCUGGAAACAUUGGGAACAUGCGACGCCACAGGCACUAGUUUCCUCAAAAUGCAAAAAAAAAAAAAAAAAAAAAAAAAAAAAAGCUGGAUGUCACACAAGGACAAAGAUCCGUAAAGAGAUGAAGAAUAAAAUCUAAAAGCUUUUAGCAAGAAAAGAAAGAAAAUGAAGCUUAUUUGAGAUGUGAGGACAAAGUAUUACUCUAAUAUGAUGAACAAUUCUGACAGCUGGUUUCCAAAUAUGUAAAAGAAGCGAUUGACCAAGUCUGGAGAAGUGAAGAACUAAACAGAACUCAUCCUCUGAUUAGUGGAGAUUCAUUCUGCAAACCAGAAACCCAAAAGUGUGAAAUGCUCUUUAGGCAAAAAUGUGUUCAAACGACAAAAAAAAUGUACCUACUGCCAUCUUCUGGUGUGGGCAUGGAAGUGCCUUGUUCAGGCCACCACUUCAAAAUAAAACAACAAAAAAACACUAACUAAAAACACAUCGACUACAUCUUUUUUUCCUAUAGCUACACCAUUUUAUUAUGAUUCAGUAUUUAAAAUUGUGGAAACAUAUCUCAUAAAUUUUUAAGUCCUAUAACCAGAUUUUUUCAUGAUUUUUUUCCUGUUUUUAAUUAUGAGAAGGUGCAUCACAUGUAUUAAUAUCCAUGAUUGUGAGAAUCACUGAGACAGAUUUAUGACAUGUCCAAAUGUUUUACAGCACAUAAUAAUUACAGUUUUGUUUCUUAAAUUGUGGAAAUGUUUCUCAGAAUUACAAGAUUGUUUUUAGCCCAGAUUUCUGGAUAGAUUUUUAAAAUAUACCCAUAAUACUAGCAUGUACCAUUGAGCUACUGUAGGCAAAUUAAUGGGAAAUCAACCAGAAUUAUCAUUCAAAGCUGAACAUAUUUUACCGUUGUGUUUCAUAAGACAUUAUUACACUGGGAGCAUUCCACACUCUUGCGUUUACGUGCUCGUUUUGAGGGAAAAGCAGCUUCAGUUUUAGCCGUUUGUUGCUGAAGCUGCAGUAAAAUGCCACCAGACCACUCUGAACCUACAGCUCUCAUCACUUCCAUCACAUCUGCCCUGAACAGACCCGGACUCGUGUUGAGAAACAGAUAUUUUUACUCCUAGCUGUUACUGUUCUAUGGAUGAAAGCCAAACUUACUAAGCAAGCAAAAAAAAAAAAAAAAAAAAAAAGACAGAAUCCAAUAUUACUGGAGAAUAAACCCCCCCAACCACAGAGUGACUCAUUCCUGGGACAGUAGAGAUGUUAGCUCCAGGGUUCUCCUUCUUCCAGAACACUCUGCUGUGGACGGACGGACACUAGCUGCAGGAAAACAGACCGGAGAUGCUUUGAAUUCCAGCUGAUUGACUGAGAUCUGACUGCUCCUCCUUCUAUCCAUCACUGCAGCAGGUCUAGAUCGCAUCUGCAGAUGGAGACACUGGUUCCAGUUUGGUCCCUGACUAACACUAAUGCAGGGUAUCUUAGCAUUAGCUGUGACAGAAACGACUCCUAUCCUUUGAGUAGCGUUACUGCUGCAGAGCCGUGCAGAUCUGAAGUUCUGUUUUCCAUCUUGUUCCAGAAUGUUCAAACAUUUCACACUCAAUGGCUGAAUGAAAACCAGGUGAUCUGGUUAAAAGAUGCAGAUAAAGCUAGUAAGGGGUCCUUGAGUUGGGAUGUUUUAUCUGUGAGGAGCGACUCGUUACAUUUUAAUUAGCUUUGAGAUGUCUCUGAGAUUUUUGCCUCCAUUCCAGUAGAGAGAUGAACUGAGUUCAACAAAAGAUGGCUUUAUAGAGCAUUCUGUUGGAAAAAAAACUUCUGGAAGAGGAUGAGAUGGGUUGAGAUAUAGAUCUAGAAUAAAAGGACAGGAGUCUUAGAUAAAACACAGUGCUGCAAUUUGAAAUAACCCAAUAAAUUAAAUCACAAAUUCAAAAACUGGUGUUCAAACAAGACUAACUCUUAGCAGCACUGUGAAGUUUGAGCUAAACGCUAGCACGCUGAAACAGUGUUCACCAUUUUAGUUUCACAUGUUGGCACUAAACACAAACUACAGCUGAGAUUUAUGGGCAUUGAACUAGUUUUUCAGGUAUUGGACAUCAAAUCUAAUAACUGAAUAAAUUAAAAUUGCAAUCUAAAGUAAUCAAUCCUGAGGGUGACAUGACUUUCAUCACAUUUUACUGGUUAAAUGACCUGCAGGAUAUCAGGACAUCUCCAGAGUUCCAGGAUUCAUCUUCUGGGUACAAUGAAUGUCUGGAUUAAACUUAAAAUGCAAGACUUUAAAUAGUUGUUGAGAUUAUUAAACUGGACCAAAUCAGAGAAUCAAACAACUAACAGUCUGACAUUACAUUAUAUUAUAUAGAAAACCAAGCUGCAUAUUACUAACUGACAGCCGGUCAGAGCUACUACAAUGUUAAUGUAUCAUGGAAAUGAGCAGAUAAAGUACAGGUCAGGUUUUACUAUUUUAUUACCUUGUGCUUUAAUAACCAGAGAAGAUCUGUAAAGAUGCUGAGACUCUCUGACUCCCGUUAUCAGUCUGAGCUUCUAUCGAGUAGUAUGGUAAUGAAAUGCUUCAUUACUGAUUAACUGUUUAAAAUAAUUAGACCUUUUGCUUAAAUCUCUCGCACAAAACACACACACUUUCUGUGCCAUUUUUUUCCAAUUUAGGACAUGCAUCCAAAAACGGUUAACAGUUUGUUCUGUGAAUUAUUUAGGAAGAGUAUCUGGGGAGGAAAAAAAGCUUGAUGCUUCUGUUCUUAUUUAUUUACUUAAAAUGUUAAAACAUCCCACUGGGUCUCUAUUACAGCUCACAGUACGGGUAGACCGAGACUAAAUGAGACUAAAGUUAUAAAUAUGCAUUUUUGGACAGCUGCAGCAAACAACGUGAGCGUGUCUAACCCUAACCCUUCAGGUCAUCAGAUAUCUGUCUGGUGUGACUGCAGCUGAUGCUCACUGAGGUUGGACGCUUUGUAAACUAUUACAGAUGUUUCUGAACCCAGAGCUAUUUAGUUGUAGAACCGCCUUCACAGAUUUCAACACAGAUCUAAAGUUUUCAUUUAAGGGACUAAAAUGUCCAGAAUCAGAGCUGGAGUUUGGGUGGAGGCAGAAGUUUCUGGGACAGUAAAACUGAAACCGUUGUGUGAGAUCAGCUCUGUUCAGUUAUACUCAGCAUGCUGAUGUCUCCACCUGCUGGAAGGACAAGGAAAUAACAUCUGCAAAGACAAACAGCUGGACGUGAAGGUGUCUCUAUGAGGAGUCAACCCCAGGAAGGGCACAGUGAGAGUUUUGAACAUGUGGUUGGACACCAGUGUACAUAGUAAACAUGUAUGUACGAUACUACACUAACUGAACUGCUUUACUGUACGUAGAGUACAGAUACUAGGGUAGGGCUACAACAGGAGAAACUAUUUUAUGGAUGGAAAUGUUUGACUCUGUCACUUUAACCUCUCCACAGGACCUCUUGUCAUGUAGGCGACAGGUUUUGCUUUUCUUUCUCUAUGGUGAUGUUUAGUUUACUAUAAUUUAAGAGUUUUAUCUCCUGGUUUGGGUGUGAGGUGACUGCUCUCUCUUCAACUAUGGCUCCAUUGACACUGCAUCUGAUCCCAUCUGAGCUGACUAAAUGAAUAAAUAGUGAAAGAAAGAUCACAUGGACCAUUUCAAAACUGAAACUUUACGUUUGUUAACAUCACAGGUCUCCAUGACAAUAUCAUACACUGAUGAGUAAGCAGAACUUGGUUUCUUUGCGUUUAAUAUAAACCUCGUAUCUUCAUUAUAUUCUGAAAGCAGACAUUAAUGUAAACAUGAAACAGAAGCCUGGAGAUGAGGCUGCAGUGUGGAUGGAGCCUGAAACAGCUGCAGAUGUCUUGGAUAUUUAGUUUUUAAGGUGAGAGAAAGCUGGUAGCUGCAUUAAGUUCCCAGAGGAGAGAUCAGUGAAUUCAGUACUAGAGAAAUCCAUCACUCACUUUAUCACAAAUGUGUAAUUUUAUUUUUUGAACUUUCUAGCAGUGUAUUGUGGGACAGAUGGAGUUUCUACUCUGUUCUUUUCACAGGCUGACUUCAUUGCAGACUGUAGUCAUGUUUCUGUGCUUCACUGACUAAUAUCUAAUUUGACAAACGUAUUCUGCACUCGAUUCUUUUAGGUUUGGUUUAUGAGGAUUUGAACGCAGCCAGCAGGGGGCGUCCUUUGUUUCCCCCUCGCUGCUGUCCUGGAUACCUCACUGUUACUUCACUGUUUACAACAUCAGCAGGAAAGCGGAAUGAAGGCUUUUCAACCAAUAAAUCAUCUUAGAACUGUG